AAACGUGCACGUGCAGGCGGCCGGCAUACGUCAUGGCGACCAGGCGCCUCUUCGGUGCUACGUGGAGCUCGGCCGGCUGGCUGGUUCGGGAGCUCCCGGACCCCGCCGCUUCUGUAAGACUCCACGUACGAGAUUAUGCCAAGAGACCGGUCAUUAAGGGGGGCAAAGGCGCUGUGGUCGGUGAGGCCCUGAAGGGCCCAGAGGUGUGUACAGACCCCAUCCGGCUCACCACGCACGCCAUGGGUGUCAACAUCUACAAGGAGGGCCAGGAUGUGGUCCUGAAGCCGGAUUCCGAGUACCCAGAGUGGCUGUUCCAGAUGAACAUGGGUCCCCCAAAAAGUCUGGAGGAGCUGGACCCCGAGACCCGGGAGUACUGGCGGCUGCUGCGGAAACACAACAUCUGGCGCCACAACCGGCUGAGCAAGAACCAGAAGUUCUAGCGGGGGAGGGACCAGAGCACCCUGACCCUCCAGUGACCUGGAGGAGAUGCGGUGGGUUGGGGGUACCUCCCCCAGCCCACCCCCUGGACUUUUUAUUUUCUGGAAAAACAGACUUCUCCGAGAACAGAGGAGACUACCCCCUCACUGGGGUUACUGGGUAGCCCCUGCAUUGAGGCUGAAUCAGGGCCCUGGGGGCCAAUAAAGACUUCUUGGGGCAGUUGUUGGCAGGCUCCGAUGCCUCUGGGUGUUGUCACAUGUCGGGGCCAGGAGGGACUUGGGGCAGGCAUUGGGGAGGUGGGCACUUCAGACCCAGUGGUCCCAUGGCCCAGCCUCCACCCUCAAUGAUUGCUAGGCGUCUGCAGGUCCAUCUUCUCGUGGCCUCACUGAGCUGCUCUCCCUCAUUCCUGGAAUUCCUAGCGUUGCCCAAGAGGCCUCAAUCUCUAUCCUCGAAGGGGAGGG